AUGGCAUUAAGAUUUCCAAGGUUUAGCCAAGGCUUAGCUCAGGACCCCACUACUCGUCGUAUUUGGUUUGGUAUUGCUACCGCACAUGACUUCGAGAGUCAUGAUGAUAUCACCGAGGAACGUCUUUAUCAGAAUAUUUUUGCUUCUCACUUCGGGCAGUUAGCAAUAAUCUUUCUGUGGACUUCCGGCAAUCUGUUUCAUGUGGCUUGGCAAGGAAAUUUUGAGUCAUGGGUACAGGACCCCUUACAUGUAAGACCCAUUGCUCAUACUAUUUGGGAUCCUCAUUUUGGUCAACCGGCUGUAGAAGCUUUUACUCGAGGGGGUGCUCUUGGCCCAGUGAAUAUUGCUUAUUCCGGUGUUUAUCAAUGGUGGUAUACAAUCGGCUUGCGCACCAACGAAGAUCUUUAUACUGGAGCUCUUUUUCUAUUAUUUAUUUCUGCCAUAUCUUUAGUAGCGGGUUGGUUACAUCUACAACCCAAAUGGAAGCCAAGCGUUUCGUGGUUCAAAAAUGCCGAAUCUCGUCUCAAUCAUCAUUUGUCAGGGCUCUUCGGAGUAAGCUCCUUGGCUUGGGCAGGACAUUUAGUUCAUGUUGCUAUUCCCGGGUCAAGGGGUGAAUAUGUCAGAUGGAAUAAUUUCUUAGAUGUAUUACCAUAUCCCCAAGGAUUGGGGCCACUUUUUACAGGUCAGUGGAAUCUUUAUGCCCAAAACCCCGAUUCCAGUAGUCAUUUAUUCGGUACCUCCCAAGGAGCGGGAACUGCCAUUCUAACCCUUCUCGGGGGAUUCCAUCCGCAAACUCAAAGUUUAUGGCUGACCGAUAUUGCCCAUCAUCAUUUAGCUAUUGCAUUCAUUUUUCUCGUUGCUGGUCAUAUGUAUAGAACUAACUUCGGGAUUGGGCACAGUAUAAAAGAUCUUCUAGAGGCGCAUAUUCCUCCGGGGGGUCGAUUGGGGCGCGGGCAUAAAGGCCUUUAUGACACAAUCAAUAAUUCGAUUCAUUUUCAAUUAGGUCUUGCUCUAGCCUCUUUGGGGGUUAUUACUUCCUUGGUAGCUCAACACAUGUACUCUUUACCUGCUUAUGCAUUUAUAGCACAAGACUUUACUACUCAAGCUGCGUUAUAUACUCAUCACCAAUACAUCGCAGGGUUCAUCAUGACAGGAGCCUUUGCUCAUGGAGCUAUAUUCUUCAUUAGGGAUUACAACCCGCAGCAGAAUGAGGAUAAUGUAUUGGCAAGAAUGUUAGACCAUAAAGAAGCUAUCAUAUCUCAUUUAAGUUGGGCUAGCUUGUUCCUGGGGUUCCAUACCUUGGGACUCUAUGUUCAUAAUGACGUCAUGCUUGCUUUUGGUACUCCAGAAAAACAAAUCUUGAUCGAACCCAUAUUUGCCCAAUGGAUACAGUCCGCUCAUGGUAAGACUUCAUAUGGGUUUGAUGUACUCUUAUCUUCAACGAAUGGCCCAGCAUUUAAUGCAGGUCAAAGCUUAUGGUUACCUGGAUGGUUGAAUGCUAUUAAUGAAAAUCGUAAUUCACUAUUCUUAACAAUAGGGCCGGGGGACUUCUUGGUACAUCAUGCUAUUGCUCUAGGUUUGCAUACAACUACAUUGAUCUUAGUAAAAGGUGCUUUAGAUGCACGUGGUUCCAAGUUAAUGCCAGAUAAAAAGGAUUUCGGGUAUAGUUUCCCCUGCGAUGGUCCAGGACGAGGUGGUACUUGUGAUAUUUCGGCUUGGGAUGCAUUUUAUUUGGCAGUUUUCUGGAUGUUAAAUACCAUUGGAUGGGUUACCUUCUAUUGGCAUUGGAAGCAUAUCACAUUAUGGCAGGGUAAUGUUUCGCAAUUUAAUGAAUCUUCCACUUAUUUGAUGGGAUGGUUAAGAGAUUAUCUAUGGUUAAACUCUUCACAACUUAUCAACGGAUAUAAUCCUUUUGGUAUGAAUAGUUUAUCCGUCUGGGCGUGGAUGUUCUUAUUUGGGCAUCUUGUUUGGGCUACUGGAUUCAUGUUCUUAAUUUCCUGGCGUGGAUAUUGGCAGGAAUUGAUUGAAACUUUAGCAUGGGCUCAUGAACGCACACCUUUGGCUAAUUUGAUUCGCUGGAGGGAUAAACCGGUGGCUCUUUCCAUUGUACAAGCAAGACUGGUUGGCUUAGCUCACUUUUCUGUAGGUUAUAUAUUUACCUACGCAGCUUUCUUGAUUGCUUCUACAUCAGGCAAAUUUGGUUAAGUUGAUUAUUUAUUUUCAAAAGGAAGGCGCGAUAUCAAAAAAAAUCUCAUUUUUUAUUUCGAUGGAGAGGGGGCGCGCCUUCUUAUAUUUAUACAUCUAGGAUCCGAUCUGUAUUGUGUAUCAUUGGUAAUAAUAGGAACUACACCAUUAUGGCAAGGAAAAGUUUGAUUCAGAGGGAGAAGAAGAGGCAGAAAUUAGAAGAGAAAUAUCAUUUGAUUCGUCGAUCCUCAAAAAAGAAAUAAGCAAAGUUUCAUCGUUGGACGAGAAAUGGGAAAUUCAUGUAAAAUUGCAAUCCCCACCACGUAAUAGUGCACCUAUACGUCUUCAUCGACGCUGUUUUUUGACCGGAAGACCCAGAGCUAACUAUCGAGACUUUGGGCUAUCCGGACACGUACUCCGCGAAAUGGUUCAUGCAUGUUUGUUGCCGGGGGCAACAAGAUCAAGUUGGUAGGGAUAAAAAGAUCCCUUCCAAGUCCUAUUUCUAUUCAUUUCUAUUAGAGGAGCCCCCUUUACCAUUCUGUACGAAUAGGCUAUACUAUUCAUAUCAAUCUGGUAUAGGGGCACCCUUUACCAUUCUGUACGAAUAGGCUAUACUAUUCAUAUCAAUCUGGUAUAGGGGCACCUCUAAUCCCUAUUCGUUCAUUAGUCAUUAGUUCCGAGUUCGUCAGCGCGGGGUAGAGCAGUUUGGUAGCUCGCAAGGCUCAUAACCUUGAGGUCACGGGUUCAAAUCCUGUCUCCGCAACAUAUUUUUUUCUUUGUAUUUGUCAAAAU